CUUUGAAAUUAGAGCAUUAUUUCGAUAAGUUAUAUACUUAUGCUGUACACAGGUCACAGAUACAAAAAAAAUAAAAACACAUCAUUGUGAAAUUAAUACAUUCAUCUUUCAUCAUUUCGUUCAGAACCGUGGGUGUCCCCAUGGGGGGGGGGCAAGACGGGGCACUUGCCCCCCGGAAUAAUGUUAUUUCCACAACAAUUGGUAAAAUUCCCCAUGAAAAAUAAGCUUCUAAAAAUAGAUCUACCUAUGUAUUCAGAUAAAAAAAAAUUUUGCCCUCCCCCCUAAAAAUGUCUGGGGACGCCCAUGUUCAGAACCUAAAAAGGUGUGAAAAUUAAAAAAUAUGAACCUUCAUUUUGAACUUCGACGUUUCCAAUUGCAGAAAAUUUUGUUCGCUGGUAUUGACUGCUUCUGAAAAUAAUCCUAGUUUUUUCAAACUUCUUCUUUCUCUUGUCUUUUUUCGCUUCUUUUCAGUACCUAUUGGGUUCUACUAAACAUUUUUCAAGUAUUAGGACUAUUACUUACUCAUUUAAAAAAAUAAAUCUACUGUCUUAAGUAGGUACCUAAUAGGUAUACAAAAGGGGAGGUGGACACAUUUCCAGACGUUUACAGCAAAAUAAGUUUAAAAAUAAUAUGAUGAUUGAUGGGUACUUAUGUGUUAACAUCAUAGACCUUAUAUACUUGGUAGUCUAUGCUGUGUAUUCAAUAUUAUAUUUUAAUAUUUCUGUAAAAUUGUAGUUAGUAUCCUAGUCGAAAUACAAAUAGGUACGUCAGAGCGUCGAAUAUUAGAUGUCGUGACAAGACAAGACAGUAACGAAUCAGUGGCGCAACAAAAAAAAUUGGGCCCCUAAAAUAUUGUUUUGCCAAAUAUAACCCUAUAACCAAAGGCCCCAAAUUACCGUGGCCCCCCCCCCGCAACACGGUUCUGCGGGUCCUCAGUUACGCCACUGAACGAAUACUUAUAAGUACUAUAGGUAAUGAUGAAAAAUUGAAAACCAGUUAUCCCCGCACCACACUCUAUCAUAGUCACGGUGGCUGGAAUAAAAUACAGAUUUAAUAAGUAAAUUUAAUUUGACUUAUAGGUUCUUAUCACCAUCUACCAAGACUACAUUGAGUAAAGAGUUGAAACCGCAAAACUGAGUAUUAACUAUUAAGUAUGAACAGUAUGAACAUUUUUAAAUAUUGUAAUGAAUAAUGUAUUUAUACUAAAAUUUAAAUUUUUAUAUUGACGUAAUAUAAUAUUGUUAGUAAAUAGUAUUUAUUUUAAUCGAGUGCAUUAUUUAUCUGAUGAUAAUCGUUUUUUAAAGUUUAAAGCAAAAUGUUUGGAAAUGUAGUGAAGCUCGAUUGGCAGAGCACUGCUGAGGGAGAAACUAUAAUGCAACAUUUUUAUAAUCCCCAGACAAAUGGUAGAAAAUUUUUUGGACUAUUGGAACGACCUAUACUGCCAAACAUUGAAGAAGUAUCAUACAAAUUGUUUUUUGUUGGAAAAAGUGGGGCAGGAAAAUCAUCUACCAUUGCUCGACUAGCAGGGAUAUUAAAUCUCGAUGAAGAGUACGUAGAAACUCGAGGCAUACGUAAAAGUAAUAUUUAUUGGCCGGUCAAGGUGUGGGAUAGAAUUAUUCUAUUUAGACUGCAAUGUUGGGACGCCGGCGAUAGAGAUGUUAAAAAAUUUGGACACAUAUUACCGGUGUGCAAAGAAGAGGCAGAUGCUAUUGUGUUUGUAUUUUCCUUUACUGACCCUAGUGGAUUAUCUACUAUUUCAACAAAUCUGCCCGUUUACAUGAAUGAUAAAAGUAAACCAGCUCCUAUUGUUAUUGGCACUAAGUAUUGUGCAGGUGAUUUUACUGCUAAAGUUACAAUUGAUGAUAUUGAUGAAUUUGAAAAAACACAAAAAAUCACUAUAUUGAAAAUAAACAAAACUGAUGGAAAAUAUGAUUCAAAAGAAACCGAGAUUACAGCCUAUACAUUGAAUGUUAUCUGCGAACAGUUAUGGAUAAGAGAUCAAAACUAUAUAUUGAAUCAGGAAAUGGAAUCUUCUCAAAUUGUCUGAUCUAAGUUUCUUUGUGGAGCGUACUCUAUCUCUUAAUUAGUAUAUUUAUGAAUCUUAUAACCAAUGAAGUGGUCAACAGCGUUUCUUUAGAUUCACCACUAAAUUAUUUUUGUAUUUUAUAUUGGAUUCAGGGCCAUCGUUCUUAUUGAGAAAGAAGGGUAUGGUUCAGGAUUUUGUAGGAAACAGACCUGUGCAUCUUACAUUCUUACACUUACUAAAUAGUUGAAAUACCAUGCACCAUUUUUGUUACAUAGAACAUAUACGUAGAUGGGUACUUAGUACUUAAAAAAGUAAUAAGGUGUUAAAGCUUUAUAGAAAAUUGAUAACAAAAUAAAUCAAAAUCAUAGAUAUUUACUUGAUUAAAGAUAUACUGGUUGCCCAUCGAGAUAUUAAAAUUUUAAAUAAAUAGUGAUGAAUUGGAUAAUAUAUUGUGUGAAAUAAUGAAAAAUAAUUAUAUACAUUUUUCAGUCACCAAUAAAAAGGUAAUUUCGAAAUUUGUAUUGGAAAUUUCUAUAAUUUUUUUCUUGGGUCACCAUGGCAUGGAGGGAUAAGUUGUUAGAUUAAAUUUAGCCAUACCUGACUAAGAAAUCUGCGCACACCUAUGAACAUAUGAUAUCUAUGUCAAAUAUCAACAAAAUCAAUUAUACUAGGCAUUCAAUGUAAUAUUUAAUUUGUUUCCUGUUUAAUAUUUAUUUAAAAUAGUUUAGUUUUUUUCUUAAGGAUUAAAUCUUUUUUCAUGUAUGGACAAAUAAUUGUCUGAUAGUCUAUCUUGACCCUUGUGAUGUAUUGACAUGUGGCAAUAUUUUUAAUUAUUAUUUAAAAUAAUCACAUGGAUUGAAGUGCUCAGUACCUCUGAUAUUAUAUUUUAAUAUAUUGCAGAAGUAUAUAUUUUUUACUAUUUUUCAAAUGGAACACUGUACUUAAUGUAUUAAAUGUACAUUAUGUAUGAACAAUAUUUAUGCGAGUUAAUAUUUUUAUUCAAGUUUUGUUUUUUAUUUUUUAUUAAGCUGAAGAUAAUUUAAUAAUUAUUAUGAAUUGAUUUUUAGUUUAAUAUAUUUAUUCAAGUGCCUUAUCAUUCCUAAAACAAAAACUACUUUGAGACUAAACUAAUUAAGAUAAUUUUUUAUA